GUUGGAGUGCUGGCCGGUUGGUUUAAAGGCUGGAAUGAAUGCGAGCAGACUGUUGCUUUGCUCUCCUUUUUGAAGCGGGUGAGUCGAACCCAAGCCCGUUUCCUCCAGCUUUGCCUGGAGCAUUCGCUGGCAGAUUGCACUGAGCUGCACAUGCUUGAAGGGGAAGCCAACAAUCCUGGAAUCAUUAACCAAUGGCAACAGGAAUCCAAGGAUAAAGUGAUCUCCCUAUUGUUAACCCACCUGCCUUUACUGAAACCGGGAAACAUUGACGCAAAAGUGGAAUACAUGAAACUAUUGCCUAAAAUCCUGGCUCAUUCGAUUGAACACAACCAACAUAUCGAAGAGAGCAGGCAGCUUUUGUCCUAUGCUUUGAUUCAUCCUGCCACUUCCCUGGAAGACAGGAGCGCUCUGGCUAUGUGGCUCAAUCACUUAGAGGAUCGCACGUCAGGUAGUUUUGGCAGCCAAAGCAGAGGUCGGUCCGAUUCUGUGGAUUAUGGACAGACACAUUACUAUCACCAAAGACAGAACUCUGACGACAAGCUGAACGGAUGGCAGAACUCUCGAGAUUCUGGGAUAUGCGUCAGUGCGUCCAGUUGGCAGGACAAAAACCUGGGGUGCGAGAACGGCCAUUUGCCCCUCUACUCUUCUUCUUCUGUCCCUACUACUAUCCAUACUAUUGGAACUAAUACAAGCACAAUUCUCUCAGGCCAGACACACCACAGCCCUUUGAAACGAUCUGUGUCCCUUACCCCACCCAUGAAUGUGCCAAACCAGCCUCUAGGACAUGGAUGGAUGUCUCAUGAGGACUUACGAGCUAGAGGACCCCAGUGCAUCCCCUCCGAUCACGCCCCCCUGUCUCCACAGAGCAGUGUAGCCUCUUCGGGAAGUGGUGGGAGUGAACAUUUAGAAGAUCAGCCUUCUGCGCGUAACACAUUCCAGGAAGAAGGGAGUGGUAUGAAAGAUGUUCCUGCCUGGCUGAAGAGUCUCCGCCUGCACAAAUAUGCAGCUCUUUUCUCCCAGAUGACAUAUGAAGAAAUGAUGGCACUUACCGAAUGCCAGUUGGAGGCACAAAAUGUUACCAAAGGUGCAAGACACAAAAUAGUCAUCAGUAUCCAAAAGCUGAAAGAGAGGCAGAAUCUUCUGAAGUCUUUAGAAAGGGACAUCCUGGAAGGUGGCAACCUGCGCCUCCCACUGCAGGAGCUACACCAAAUGAUCCUCACUCCCAUCAAAGCCUACUGCUCCCAGAACGCAAGCACCGACGAGCAUAGCCGGGACUGCCUGGAUUCCCGCCACCCGCCCUCUCUGAUCGGCUCGGACAGCCAAGGGUCUGACUGCAAGGACUCUGUCUCCGGGUGCCUACCGCAGCACCACUUGCCUGGCUGCGAGGGCGAGUCUGGCGGGGCGCCGUUGCCCGAAGGGGAUCUCCCUGGGCAGUUCACAAGAGUCAUGGGGAAAGUAUGUACGCAACUUUUAGUUUCCAGACCUGAUGAGGAGAAUAUAAGUUCCUAUUUACAGCUCAUAGACAAAUGUCUCAUUCAUGAGGCAUUUACAGAAACACAGAAGAAAAGAUUGUUGUCAUGGAAACAGCAGGUGCAAAAACUCUUCAGGUCUUUCCCCCGGAAAUCCCUUCUAGACAUAUCAGCAUAUCGGCAGCAAAGAAAUCGAGGCUUUGGCCAGUCGAACUCCUUACCAACAGCUGGAUCUGUAGGUGCAGGAAUGGGCAGACGGAACCCGCGCCAGUUCCAAAUUCCUUCCCGGAAUCUCCCCCCCACCCGGCUGGGUCUUUUGGGCCCCAGUGGACUCCUAGGUGCCGCACAACGCAGUACAGCUGCCAACCCAACCAUCUUGAAACAAGGAAGACAGAAUCUCUGGUUUGCAAACCCCGGGGGGAGUAACAGCAUGCCAAGCCGGACUCAUAGCUCAGUGCAGAGGACACGUUCGCUGCCCGUCCACACGUCCCCACAGACCAUGCUGAUGUUUCAGCAGCCAGAGUUCCAGGUACCAGUGACAGAACCUGACAUCAACAAUAGGCUGGAGUCGUUGUGCCUGAGUAUGACAGAACAUGCGCUGGGGGAGAGCUGUGCGUGGAGUGUCCCAGGCCCCGUGGAUUUCAUUGGAGGGAGCAGGCGCGCUAAGCCCACGCAUACCUCUCAGCGCUUUCUGACUGACGGCGUUGACAGAACCUCUACAAUAUAGAAGAUGAAUGUGUAACGGUGACAGCGCUGGCCGUGAGAAUGGCUGCUGCAGGUCCAGUGGACCCGUCUCCAGACUUGCACGGGAUUCUCAAAGAGAUUUUGCGUUCUCUCUGUCUGUCUGUCUGUCUGUCUCUCGCGCUCCCGUUUUAAUUUUGUGAAUGUGUAGAUUGUCCUUGUGAACAUAUCAUUAGAAUUGGACUUUGUUUGGUCCAUGAUGACAUCCUCUCUAGAGGAAAAGCAUGGGGGGAGGGGGAGCAGUGUGGUGGCAAAUGAGGUGUUCAUCUCCGGCUGAGGAUGGAGAGCACCAAAGGCAACCCCUGUUUCUGAAUGCAGAAAUUAACCAAUACCACACGUGUGACCAAAAACCAAGGGGAUAACUUAUUGUUCAGAGUUUACAACUCUUAAAUUUCACUGGAGCUGAAAUAUCAUCUGCUGGAGCUUCAGUGCUGUCAGACCACCAACAACCAAACGUCCUGUCAACGAAAUGGAAAACAACUAAAUUUCAAUUUGUGUGCUGUUUACAUAAAAGCAGAUAUAAAGGGUACAUAAGUGUGUGAAAAUGUCAGGUGGGCCUUUGUCUCGUAUGCCUGUUGUAAAGGAUUUUUUUGUUGUUGUUUUACUUCUGUUAAUAGCAGCAGGUUUGCAUUUUACAUAGCAGACAAGCUAUGCGUCUAGGGGCAGGCCUUGGGGUUUAAUCUUACCAGCUGGGACAGAAAGGACAUCAGAGAAGGGAGUGAGGGAUGUUGGGGAGUGGGCGGGCAUAUGUGUGAUUGGACGUGGAGAGCAGGCACGAUCAGUUAAUUGUUUCUUGUUUGUGUGUGUGCGCGCGUGUGUGUAUGUGAAUACCUAAAAGAUGCUGCAUCAUAGCUUUUACAGACCUGCCACUACAUCCCAAACUGACUUGAUCAUUUUCUGAACUAGCUACAAGUGUGGCAGCUACAUUACAGGGGGUGAGGGGUUGGACUUUCUUGCCCAGGGAGAUGAUGAGAGGAGGUGAAGAGGUGGAGAAGGUUUUGAAGGGAAAGCAUGAGCUUCCUAUGCUAAGGGACCAUGCAGGAGAGCAGCAAAAUAUAAGUAGUGCUGGGCUGCUGCUCUCUGUAUAAAUAGUGAGUACGCUCUGUUCAGUGUUUAUAUUGGCACACAAACACUGCCGCCUUUUUCUUGAGCCUAACAAAUAACAAGCGUGCAUGUGGCCAUAGGGUAAUAAGCUGGCUAAACUGGACAUUACAUGGAAGGGAAGGAAGAUCAACAUGUGGGAGGAAUAAAGAUUUAAGAGACAGUAGUUUGGAUGCACAUCUCUAUGCUGCUGUCAUCCCAGAACUGUAGCUAUAACACGGUUUUUAUAACUGAGAGCUAAGCAUGGCCCUAGUUCAUUUCAUGUGUGAAUUUGAUAUAACUUUCAUCAAGCAAGUGUUUAAACUGAGAGUGGGGGGCCAGACUCAAGUCUCCUUCAUACCAGCCUCUCGCCAUAGUUUUUCCAUUGAAUUCAGUGGGUUAACUGCAGAUUUACACCCAAAGGAGAACAGAAUCUUCCUCUGAUAUUUUAGUAACAUGUUACUGAAUCCCCCUUGCUUGUUUUACAUUCAGAGGGCCUGGUUUUUGUUUUGUUUAACUUACAAAACAGGUUACCCCAGUGCAUCUCCAUUGGCUUUUGUGGAGUUACUCCAGAUUUUCAUGGGUGUAAGUAAGAAAUGAUUUGGUGCAUGCAGUUUUUCUUUAUUAUAUAAAGAAAAGUAAUCUUGGUGCAUGCCAUGGCUAUGGGAAUCUAUACAAUACUUCAAAAAUCAGUUCUGCCAGUUACUGUUGGUUGGGUAGUUGACAUUCUCUGAAAGUAGCUAUGGAAUUGCUAAAAGAAGCAAAUCUUUUCAGUGCCAAACCUUCAACGUGACUAUUUUAAAAGGGGGGAAUAAGGGCUAAACUGCAGCUUCCAAGAGGUGUUCUUACAUGUACAAUAGGGUUUGUAAAUCCAAUUUAGAUGCAGCAUUUUUACUUAACUUUAUAAAAACAAAAGUGCCAAAAUGCAGUUUUUCAUGCUGAUGGACAUAAAGUUGAUAUUUCUUGGUUUCCUGUUUACCAGAAUGCAUGAUACAAUGUAACUGAGCAUGAUUUGGUGGAGAAACAAAGGAAGAUGAAAGGAGGGGACUUUGGAAUGUGUUAGGAGCUUAAAACAACAUAACUGAAGAGAAUAAUGAACUGCAGUGUUACACAAAUUGUAUAGGAAAUCUGAGCUGCAUCUUGAGCAUUCAUAGCUAUAUACAAUGUGCAGCAUCAGAAAAUGACUUGUGAACACAAUCACCUUAGCAUCUUUUGAAAGGAAGACAAAGUAUUUACAAAUCUGAAAUUCUAUUUAUUCCUUUGCUGAAUACAGAAACAGAGGUUAUCUGAUUAUUAGAUAUAUUAUUUUGGAUAUAUUACUUAUUAACGUCCUAUGGCUGGUAACCAUGAUAAUAAUGUCUGUUAUUAACCACCACAUAAUUCAAUUUUUCUUUUCUUUUUUUAAGCUUAUUUUCCAUUGUAUAGGUUAAUGAUAGACUUUGAUGUGUUUUUUGCUGGUUUUAUUUGUUUUAAUUAAAAAGUGGCUUCAGUUAAAUUUUGGAAGUCCUUCCCCGCUUUGUUUUGAGGCCUGUAUUGAGUGCAGGUGUAGAGGUCAAUUUAAAAAUCAAAUCCUAAAGUCAAAUAAAUUUAUUUAUGAAAACCAGUUGCAUGCAUAAGGCUGUGAAGUCAAAUAUUUAGUAAUAAAGCGGCAGUGCCUUUUUUGUAUUUACCCAUUUACCCCAAAUGCAACUGUUUUAUAAUAAGCAAGUAUCAAAUGAUUUCAAAUCUCAGAGUAACAAAUAUUUCACUGCAUAGAAAUGUUUUUGUUUGUUUUUUAAGUAAAGCAGUGUGUACUUGGUAUCUCUGCAAGCAUCUCUGACAGAGAGUAGUUUGCUACACUAUUAUCAUGUAUGAGGUUUUACUGGUGCUUUUAAUCCUUAGCAGUUUCUUACAUUUAUUAACAGUAGGGGGCAGACACAUACAAGAGGCUGAAACGUACAAGGAAUGAAAUGCUGCUGAUGGUUUUUCGCUGCUUUGGGUUUCACUUCUGAAUGACAGCUGACGAGAAAAACAAAAUAGCUUGUGUCUGCUGGGUGGUGCUGUGUGCACUGAAAAGCUCAUGAAUUCUGCAUAUCCAAGUGUCCUUGGCUGCGUCCACACUGCAAAAAUUAUUCUCCUUUGAGCACAGGUCAGGCUUGGCUGUCUCUCCCCACCCAAUAAAUUGCCCUGCUGAGCUCGACAGGACCCUGAGAGUCUGACAUGCGCAAGGCGCCUGGCAGAUUUAUCACAGGGCACCCCUCCUUGGAAAGUGCUUAAGUUCUGCUGACUUCCAGGGGACUUCCGCAUGGGUUCAAAGCUAAGCACACUCUUUGCAGAAUAGGUGCUGGACUAAGAUGUUUUGUGCUGCCUUCCACCUCUGCAGCCAGACUCAAGCGUUUGCCUGUGGGGAAAGGGGUCUGACAAUGUCACCCUGCUGUCAAACCCAGCUCAUUUUUGCAGUUGGACACAGUCUUUUAAUCCUCCCAUCAUCCUGGUAUGGGACAUGUUUUCAUGACACUGAGGAAACUCUUGUUAUUUUCCUUUGAGGUGCCAUGAGCUGACCCUUCCACGACAAGCCCUUCGUUUAAGUAGUAAUGCAAAUACCUUAAGCUGGAGAUCAGCCUGUUUUUCUCAGAGGGUGGAAGUCCAGGGAUUUUUCUCCAGUGACCAACAGGCUUUCUGCUACCUGAACGAACAGUAGUUCCGUGCACAAUGCAGAACAAGUAUCACGCAGACCCCUGUUCCAUACACAUUAGAAAUUAGUACUGUGUCCCAGAGCUCCGAUUUUAGUCAGCACUUAAGAAUAGUUCUAUUGUCACCUUUCUCUAUCAUGGGGUGCAAAAACAUGACCCAUUUUUUGGCUUUCUGAAUGUGCCUGAUGAAAAGUAGAUCCUGCAGAAGUAUAAUUUGCACACGGUUAUGAUAACACUAAAGUUGAUUUUAUACAAGUCAUCAGAGUUUGCAAAGUGAGUUUUAUUUUUUGUAUUCCUUUAUCUUUACUUAAAGGUGAAUGUGUAUUCCUCUGGGAGGAAUAGGAAGAAAACAGGAAUGUUAAUAAUGUUAAACAGAAUACUUCCUCCCUUAUUAAUAUAUAACCCUUAUGUAUUUAUGCAAAAUGUAAGCUUACUUUAAAAAGCUUUGAACUUUCUUUUGUUGCAUGCCAUCUUCUGGCAGCUCCUUAUUGUACAUGCAUGCAGUUAGUCCUGUUUUUUCUGUAUAAAGUUAGUGCACAAAGAAAUAUUUUUGCCUAGUUAAUGUUGCCAAGCAAUGCAUAUUUUUUAAAUUUGUCAUAUAUGGAAAUAGCAUGUUUGUUACAUGUAAAAGCUUCCUGAUAUAAAGAAAUACUAAUGUUUGAAGAUGCUGUUCUUUGCAAGUGUACAGUUUUCAAAUGUUGUUACCAGUGAAACACCCUUGUGAUUUAAACUUGCUACAAUGUAUUUAUUACUCAUUUCCUCCCAUGUAACUAGGAAUCAUGGCUAUAUUUCAUAUCAACAUUAUAUUGAAAGUGAUGGGAGAUGAUUAAUACAAGGUUUUGUAACA